CCGUGAUAGAUCUGUCCUGGAAAAGCAUCAAAAAUGAAAAUGCGCUGGUCAGCCACAAACCUCCCAAUCGGGAUGAAACGCUGCUCGCUGGAAUAGCGUCGCAGAAGAGGGCAAGGGAGUGCUCGAUUGCCACUUCCAUUGUAAUCAACACUGCAGGUUAUUUGUUCGGCUUUGAUUCUUUCGAAAUUCACAUUACUCAUUCAAACUCUUUGUUUUCUAUUCUAUCCUUGUAGUCGCAGCAGUCUUGAUGAGUCGUCAAGCUUGCGUAAAGGCGAGUCUUAUCUGAGUGAUCUGGCAUAGAAUGCCCAUAUGGCGUCUGAAGAUCAGAAGAUAGUCUCCGGUGGCCACUACUCUGGAAAAGCUCAUAUACCAAGCAACCAGAAAAUUGUGGAGAGUCUCGACGCAAAUAAGUAGGAACGGGGCAGGAAAAUCAACAAAGGCUUGACCAGUGAAGAGCACAAAGAUCAUGUCAAAGGAAAGUAGACUACAACAGCAAAUAUGGGGGUGAGGCAAAGGGGGAGACGGACGAGAGCGAGGACGACUCAUCUGGGUCUGAUACAUGUACAGGCGAUCUCACCGUGCACGACUCAACCAAUCACGAGGAAUUUAGGGACGAGGGGACGAGCAGAGAGCCGGAAACACCUACCAAGAAUCCAACAAGUGCAAAGAGGGCUACAAUCGAAAACGGAUCAGGGCGCGUGGAGAACGCAACCUUAAGGUUGUGGCAAGGGCCAACUGUCUCGAGCGAAGGAUCUAGUCAAGCAGAUGAGGAAUCAUGAUGAUGAAAAGUCAGGACUAAAUUGCAAGUAUAGGAGACUCAUGCAAUGGAGCCCAGUACGGCACACACAGCUUACAAAGCAUGAUGCGAAAUUCGCUAUGGAGAGAACGCUGAAAAAUGGGCACUUUGCAAGGGAAGCAAGCCUUAUAUAGAGUCAGAGUUUGAUUUUCAGUGUCACAUAGAUCUAGUAUUGGGCAUAGCAGGGUUUCAGAAGGACCAUGUUACGAGACAUAUGCUCUAAAAGAAGCCAGUAUGCGCUGUAGAUGAUGAAUGAGAUACGAGUAAGUUCAACAACCAACUGUUUACUGUAGCGAGAGCCCAGGAGCUUCUCGCGUAACUGGGGUGCUGGCCAAUGCCAUCUUCACUUUGUCAUCAGUUUCUGACGACUUGUGACUGUGAAGCUAGACGAGUGUUAAUCGUUUAUUACAUGGCUGAAGAGUAUAGUUGCUUUGACGGGAAUCGAAGUCUCCAUGCUUCAUGAUGACCCAUGACUUUGACAUGGACUGGUGUCGGUACGGCAGGCAGCAGGUUAUGACGUCGCUAAGCUCGCAAGAAGACACGGCAAAGAGUUCUUUCCUGGAAUCCACAGCUGUUACCAAUGAGUCAGAGAAUACUUGCUUUUUCUCAUAAUUGAUGCAGACAAAGUCUUGAAGAAAAGACUCGUUGCAUGUAUCUCCAAGCAAGCACCGAACGUGAUCCCGCUCCUGAUUAGCUCUGUAGGUGCGACCAGACUCCACACAAACCACACUUUCAACGUCACAGAUAUGCGGUACAAGACAUUCACAAAAAGCGAAUGACAAGUAAGCCUUUCAACUUGAAAGACUCUAAAUUCACCUCUUGAGCCUUCCCCAGAACCAGACCUCAGCAUAAAACGAUCGCCAUGCUCUCUGCCACUCCUAGGAGCCCAGGCCUAUCACAAUGUCUCUGUCGAUGACUCGUUCGAACCACUUCGGCCAGGUAACGAAAAUUGGGGAUGAUAAAAAAGAGGACCUUCUUGACAUACGAGAAGCAGAUCAUUUCUUUUCGAGGGAGCGGAGAGGACGUAGCCUUCUUGAUUUACCGAUUGAGAUACAUUUAAGAAUUAUCAGCAACGUGUGUGAACUGAGUACCCUAAGUCUCAGUCUGACUUGCCGAGAAUUCUACACCAGACUCUCCCCUUUGACGCACAGCUACGAUCUAUCCCUCUCCUCUGGCUCACCCUCCUCCCUCACGCCGCACCCCAACCCAAUCGGCUGCCGGCACUGCGUUCCCGUCCUCUAUUCCCCAGCGCAUUGCGAGUUACACUACCACAUCCGGUGCUUCUUUCCGCCUGAGCUCACGUAUUGCGGUAAUUGCGACCUGUUCACUCUGUCCGAGCAGAAGAAUUUCAGUGAUUCGAAGGACAUUUGUGGGGGGUGCGGAGUGGCAUAUAGAAGGAGGUAUGCUAGGGGAAGGAGGUUCUUAAAUGUUAAUCAGGGUGAGGUAGGGAGGAAGAGGGGCAGUAGGUUAGUAUCUUAGGGCACUAUAUUGGAAUUCGCAGCUGACGACAUCAAAGGUGGUUCAAUGUAUCUGGCUAGUUCGCGACUAAUGACUGACUGUGGACAAUUCGGGGUUGCCAUUUGUAUUUUCAGAUUGAGAUUGCGGAUGAAAUUGGCAGGGUUGGAGUACAUUUUGGAAGUUGAGCACGGCAUUGGAUUUGGUUGACAUAAGCACAAAUCAUUGGGGGUGUCUGGUACUUGCCAAGGAGUGGACCUUGAAGCACCGAUGUCCGUUAGCCUACGAUUUGGGAUGAUGCACAGCAGCCUGUUUGAGAAAAUGAUCCACA